GCAGAGCAAAUUAACAUUCCUCUGUUCAACCAAGGAACUUCAAAUGGCACUCCAUGCAUCUUCAUUUGUCCUACUUAUUCUCAUUUUUAUCCACCUUCACAUGCACUCAAAAGGUGCCUUUGCUGACUAUGGCGGUUGGCAGGGUGGUCAUGCCACUUUCUAUGGUGGUGGUGAUGCUUCUGGCACAAUGGGAGGUGCAUGUGGGUAUGGAAAUCUGUACAGUCAGGGAUAUGGAACUAACACUGCAGCUUUAAGCACUGCUUUGUUCGACAAUGGCUUGAGUUGUGGGGCAUGUUUUGAAAUGAGGUGUGACGAUGACCCAAGGUGGUGCAAACCUGGCACCAUUGUUGUGACUGCUACAAACUUCUGUCCUCCAAACUUUGCUUUGCCAAACAAUGAUGGUGGUUGGUGCAACCCUCCCCUACAACAUUUUGAUAUGGCAGAACCAGCCUUCCUUCAAAUUGCUCAAUAUAGAGCUGGAAUUGUGCCUGUGGCAUUUAGAAGGGUGCCCUGUGUGAAAAAGGGGGGAAUAAGAUUCACAAUCAAUGGACAUUCUUACUUCAACCUGGUUUUGAUCACCAAUGUCGCGGGUGCAGGGGAUGUCCAUGCAGUCUCCAUCAAAGGGUCCAGAACUAGCUGGCAACCUAUGUCAAGGAACUGGGGACAAAAUUGGCAGAGCAACUCCUACCUCAAUGGACAAAGCCUAUCUUUUAAAGUCACCGCCAGUGACGGUAGAACUGUGACAGCCUUCAACGUGGCACCAGCUAACUGGCAGUUUGGUCAGACCUUCCAAGGGGGUCAGUUUUAGGAGAAAAUAAAUCACAUGUUAUUAAUUUUAUUUUAGUAAAUUAAAAAAGGUGAUUACCUAUAUAUAUUGUGUGAAAAUUAAUCCCCAACGGGAUAAUAAUUGAAGAGGUUUUAGUUGUUGUUGAUGCCACAAAAAUAUUAAGAGAGGCAUUGAUUAUGGAAAGUAGCUGAGGUGAUUUAUAUAUGGUACAAUAUAUAAAUUAGAGCACCCACUAGGGACUUCACAAAUGUACUGUUAUAUUCAAUUUUCAAUUCCAGUUACUGUUAAUUUCAUCAAA